UGUUGAACAGACAGUUGUAGUCAGACGGAGCGAGAGCGGAGCAGAGGGAAGAAGUCAGAGUGGGCUGAGACACGCAACGCGCCGCGCCGGGCCGGGACGAGACGAAAACACUUGGAAAGUUUUACACUUCCAAAAAAGAAGAAGAAGAAGAACACGAAGAAGAAGACGACGACGGCUCUGUGCUCACCCGACGGCAGCGAGUCGCACCUCGGCUCCGACGUGUCUCCCCCUCCUCCCCCUCGGUCGGCUCUUCUGUCUCCCCCGAGUCCUUCCGCGACUCCUUGUCCCUGAUUUCCCGGUCGUCGCGCGCCCCGAGCCCGUGCCUCAUGGAGGGCCCAGUUCGGAUCCGUCGCCAUGAGAACGCGCUGCUCUCCUGAACCGUCCGGCGGCUCGUGCCCUGCUGCGGAAGAGGUUCACCAAACAGACGAGCGUGUGCGAGCGGGACAACACGGCUGCUGGCAGGGGUCAAAGUGCACCAUGGACGGUGGCCUAAGGGUCCUCCUGUCCACUGUGCUGUGUCUCAGCCAGUCCCUGUUCAUCAGCUGCUCAUCUCAAUAUCCGUUGUUCCUAUCUGAGCCCAACUCCCUGAUACAGAGUGGAGGCUCUGUAGUUUACCUUCGCUGCUCCGUCAGUCCCUCGACAGCAGUGGUGUCUUGGCGUUUUAAGGGCCAGGCCUUGGACCCCACUGCCCUGCCUGGUGUAGACCUCACCAAGGACUCCCUCACCAUCUCCUCCCUCCACCCCAGCCACGUUGGUGUAUAUCAGUGUGUGGCACGUUUAGACAACGGGCCCGCCGUAGCCAGCCGGCAUGCAACCGUGGCCAUAGCAGAGAUAUCAGAAUAUGAGGAAAACAGACGACGGUCAUUAGCAGUGCAUGAGGGCAGUACUGUCCUCAUAGAGUGCCCUUUACCCCGGAGCAACCCUCCAGCUCGCCCCAGACUCCGAGUACGAGGGGAGUGGCUUGAAGUGUCAACAGAUGACUACUUAGUUCUACCAUCGGGGAACCUUCAAAUCAUCUCGGUUUCCAACCGACACCAAGGCAUGUAUAAAUGUGGCGCAUACAAUCCCGUUACCGGGGAAACCAGGGUACAGGCACACGGUACUAAGCUGUCAGUCAAACAUUCAGAUGGCCCCUUCCCUGUGCAGAUAGUGUACCCUACCACUCCUAAGACUAUACCAGUGGAACAGUCACAACCUUUGACCCUGGAGUGUGUUGUCACUGGCUCAUCUGUUUCGGUAGUCGAGUGGUUGAAGGACGGCAAGAAAGUGGUACUGGGGCCUUCACAUCAGAAACAGCGUAACAACCUGGCCAUCUCAGCAGUCACACCCGGUGAUGGAGGGAACUACCAGUGUGCUGUCCAGGCGGAGACAGGGGUCGUUGUCAGCGCCAACUCUACUGUGAAAGUUCUCGAGCCUGUGUCCUUGGUGAGAGGCCUUACCCACCAGUCCUUCUCUCCUGGCUCCACGGCCCACUUUACCUGCCUAGCGAAGGGAAAUCCUGCCCCAAACAUCACCUGGUUGUUCAAUGCAGAUCCCAUCAACCCCUCGCAAGGCCUGCAGAUCUCUGGAUCCUCCCUCAUUAUCACGGACGUAACAUUGCAGUAUGAGGGUGUGUACCAGUGUCUGCUGGACAACACGGUUGGCUCUGCGCAGUCAGCCGGCAUGCUCACAGUCCAGUCGCAUCAUGAAGAGGUUGAUACACCGGGUGUGCCGUCAGCGGCUCUGCCAUCCAUCCAGCCCAUGCAGAGCGACGAGGGGGAGGAGGAGGAGCUAGGCGACACGAUCGGACCGCCCUCCGACAAGAACAGUGACCAGCCAACCCCAGAAGCACCAAUCAUCAUCAGCCCGCCUCAAACUCACAAGCCUGACGUGUACGACCUGGAGUGGCGGCCGGGUCGUGAUGGAGGCAGUCCAAUCAGCGCCUAUUUCGUCAAAUACCGCAAGGUGGAUGAGAUGGGCACGGUGGUUGGGAGCUGGUACACAGUACGUGUCCCUGGCAGUGAAAAGACACUGCGUCUGUCAGAGUUGCAGCCCUCCAGCCUGUAUGAGGUGCUGAUGGUGGCCCGCAGCUCAGCCGGGGAGGGCCAGAGGGCCAUGCUCACCUUCCGCACCGGCAAAGAGAAGACCACCUCGUCCAACAAGAACCCGUCCAAGGCUCCUGUGAUCUUAGCGCCCCCUAAGGCACCGGAGGACAAAAACCUCAACACACACUUUGGAGUUGUCAUACAUGACAGAGUGCCCGAGGCCCCGGACCGCCCCACUAUCUCCAUGGCAACUGAGAGUUCCGUCUAUGUCACAUGGAUCCCACGAGCCAAUGGGGGCUCCCCUAUCACGGCCUUCCGUGUGGAGUACCGGCGAGGCCGUAGCUCGGAGUGGCUUGUUGCCGCCGAUAACAUCUCUCCUCUCAAACUCUCUGUGGAAGUACGCAAUCUGGAGCCUGGCUCUACCUAUCGGUUCCGCGUCAUAGCUAUGAACAUGUACGGGGAGAGUCCCCACAGUAUUCCCUCGAAGCCCUACCAAGUGUCUCAAGCCAGCCCGCGCUUCUCAGACCGUCCCGUGGCGGGGCCCCACAUCUCGUCUACAGAUGCCAUCAGCGACACACAGAUCAUGCUACGGUGGACUUACACCCCUUCUAGCAACAACAACACUCCGAUACAAGGCUUCUACAUCUACUACCGCCCCACUGACAGCGACAACGACAGCGACUACAAGAGGGAUGUGGUGGAAGGUGUAAAGUACUGGCACAUGAUUAGCCAUCUCCAGCCAGAGACCUCUUAUGACAUCAAGAUGCAGUGCUUCAACGACGGCGGAGAGAGUGAAUACAGCAACGUCAUGAUCUGUGAAACCAAAGCACGCCAGCCCCCGGGGUUACCCAGCCAGCACCCCAUCACCCCGCCUGGCCCCCACUUCCCAGAGCCCCCCAGCCAGCCGGGAGGCCUGCUCUACCUGAUCGUGGGCUGUGUUCUGGGGGUGAUGGUACUCAUCCUGCUCGUCUUCAUCGCUAUGUGUUUGUGGAGAAGUCGCCAGCAGAACGCCAUGCACAAAUAUGACCCUCCUGGCUACCUGUACCAGCCUGCAGAGAUGAACGGCCAUGUCCUGGAGUACACCGCUCUGCCUGGCACUAGCCGCAUCAACGGGGGCAUCCACGGCGGGUACGGGCACAGCGGGCCCAUGUUACCCCAAACUUGCCAUCACCUCCACCAUAAACACCCCAACGGCUUGGCUCUGCUCAAUGGCUCAGGCGGCCACUUCUCACCCGGCCACCCACACAGCCACGAUGGCACCCUGCCCCACAGCGCUGUGGACUGCGAACACUCCCACCCCCACCCCCACCCCCACCACCACCAUAAUGGAGGAGGGAUGUACACGGCUCUGCCCCAGACAGAGUCUUCAGACUGCAUGAGCUGUCAAAACCUCUGCAACAACAACAGAUGUUACACCAAGACCAACGGCACUUUCUCCAGUGGCACUCUGUCCUUAAUGCAUCGCAUGGCUCCGUGCCAGCAGGAUGGGUUGGAGAUGGUCCCUCUGGGCCAGGUCUUGACUCAGUGCCACCGCCUUGACAGCCAGCCUGACUCUGGAGAGCGGCAGGCUGAGCCGGGGGACGAGCCAGACGAGGACAAGAGCUCCUCAGCCCCCCAGCAUUCCUGCUGUCUGGCCAGAGACGGUGUAAACUGCCCAGGCGACAACACUGCCGAGGAGGAGCUGAAGUGUGUGGACACCGAGGGCCCUGUGGUGUGUUGGGAAAGUCUGGGCCUGCCGGACUUGGACUGUGAUGAGAAGCCUGGAUGGAUCUCUGGCAACACCCUGCCAGGAGAACUGAUCCAACCCGGCCCGCAGGAGGUCUAAAACAAAGCCCCUCUCCCCACCAGCACCACCACCACACACACACAUUCACACACACACACACACACACACACACACACACACACUCUCAACAGAUGGGAUCGAUGGACAGACACCCAGCAGAAAAGACUGAGACAAAAACACCAGGGUUGGGGAAAUGAUGCAUGACGAGGACGAGGACGAGGACGAGCCGUGGCCUGGCCUGGUGUGGCGUGGCCUGCCGUGGCCUGGCCUGGUGUGGCGUGGCCUGCCGUGGCCUGGCCUGGUGUGGCGUGGCCUGCCGUGGCCUGGUGUGGCCUGGCCUGGCCUGGUGUGGCGUGGCCUGCCGUGGCCUGGUGUGGCCUGGCCUGGCCUGGUGUGGCGUGGCCUGACCUGGCCUG